ACGAUAGCCCGACAUCCCCUACUCCCCAAAAUAAUCGUGGGAUCCCUUCGCCUCUCCUCCCAUCACCACCACCACCUACAAAGAAAUGGGCGAAAGAGUGGAAGACGAUGACUGGGCUCAGCGACUCACCAUACUUCUCUCCCCCGAUGCAAUCCCCCAAACCCCCCUCCGCCGGCACAGCCCCGACGAGCCCCGCAACACCGCCUCCGCCACCAACAGCCCCUUCUUCGAUAUCGACGACAACACCACCAACAGCGAUAAUUCUAAUUCCUCUCCUCCCCCUUCCCUCUUUGUGGAUCCCCACCUCCCUCCCCCUCUCCCACCCCACCGCCGCCCCCACGGAUCUUCGGACCGCCAGAAUCCUCCCUCCUCCGUCUCCGGCGUCGCCGCCGGCCGGUCCCCUGCCGGAGCGCUCCGGGAGUUCGCCGGCAGGGGCGGCGGGAUGGGGAUCUUCCAGGUUCCCCCGCGGGCCGCGGUCCAUCCUGGUCGCCCGCCUUCACUGGAGCUGAGGCCCCGCCCACUCCGCGAGACGCAGGUAGGUUCCUUCCUCCGGACCAUCGCCUGUUCGGAUUCCCAGCUCUGGGCUGGUCAGGAGUCCGGGGUCCGGUUCUGGAAUCUCUCCGAUGUGUUCGAGGGGUGGGGUACGGGUGUGGUCAAGAGAGGGGAUGAGGAGAGUGCUCCUUUCUGGGAGUCGUGCCGCACGUCCCCCACGCUGUGCUUGGCUGUUGAUGACGCCAGUGGGUUGGUUUGGAGUGGUCACAAGGAUGGGAAGAUUCGAUCUUGGAGGAUGGAGCAGCCGGCACCAAGGAAUUCGCCGACGGGUAAAGGGGGGAAUUUCAAGGAAGGGCUUUCCUGGCGAGCACACGACUCUCCUGUUCUCUCCAUUGUCAUCACUUCAUAUGGGGAAUUGUGGUCUGGUUCUGAAGGUGGAGUCAUAAGAGCCUGGUCUUGGGAGGCCAUUGAGAAAUCCCUUUCUCUAACAAUAGAAGAAGGGCAUAUGACUGCUUCGUUAGUUGAGAGGUCCUAUGUUGAUCUUAGAAGCCUGGUGACUGUUGGAGGGGUGUGUAUAUUGCCUAACAUGGAUGUCAGAUAUCUAUUAUCUGAUAAUUCUAGGUCAAAAGUAUGGAGUGGUGGUUACCUCUCUUUUGCCCUGUGGGAUUCUCAUACAAAGGAACUUCUGAAAGUUUUCAACAUAGAUGGUCAGGUUGAGACUAGGUUUGAUACCUUGUCAGUGCAUGAUCUAUAUGAAGAACAUGAGAUGAAGAUGAAUUUUGUCACUAUUUCAAAGAAGGAAAAACAACGAGGUCCUGUUAGCUUUUUCCAGCGUUCACGUAAUGCCUUGAUGGGAGCAGCUGAUGUUGUUCGGAGAGUUGCAGUCAAGGGAGCAUUUGGAGAUGAUAAUCGAAGAACAGAAGCAUUGACAAUGACAGUGGAUGGAAUGAUUUGGACUGGAUGUGCAAAUGGCUUGGUCGUGCAGUGGGAUGGAGAUGGCAUUAGGUUACAAGAAGUUCGGCAUCACUCUUCUUCUGUGCAGUGUCUUUGUACCUUUGGGAUGCGAUUGUGGGUGGGCUAUGUAGAUGGCACUGUCCAGGUGAUGGAUCUCGAUGGAUGUUUGCUGGGAAGAUGGAUAGCCCAUAGCAGCCCAGUAAUAAAGAUGGCUGUUGGAGGUUCUUAUAUCUUUACAUUGGCUAAUCAUGGUGGUAUUCGUGGAUGGAACCUGGCAUCUCCAGGGCCUCUUGAUGGUAUCUUGCGAUCAGUGCUAACCCAUAAAGAGCCAUUUUAUACAAAAACAGAACAUCUUAAAAUUUUGGUGGGUACUUGGAAUGUUGGGCAAGAAAAAGCAUCUUGUGAAUCACUUAUAUCUUGGCUGGGUGGUGCAUCGUCAGAGGUUGGAGUGGUGGUUGUUGGGUUGCAAGAGGUGGAAAUGGGUGCUGGUUUUCUUGCCAUGGCUGUGGCAAAAGAAACUGUAGGACUUGAGGGAAGUGCAAAUGGACAGUGGUGGUUGGAUGCCAUUGGUAAGAUUUUAGGUGAAGGAAAUUAUUUCGAGCGUGUUGGUUCUAGGCAGCUGGCAGGACUACUUGUUGCAGUAUGGGCUAGAAAAUAUCUUCAGCCAUAUAUUGGUGAUGUUGAUACUGCAGCAGUCCCAUGUGGGUUUGGACGUGCAAUUGGCAACAAGGGAGCUGUAGGUUUAAGGAUGAGAAUCUAUGAUAGGAAAAUGUGCUUUGUGAAUUGCCAUUUUGCUGCUCAUAUGGAGGCAGUUAACCGGCGGAAUGAUGAUUUUGAUCAUGUUUUCCGAACAAUGAAUUUUGACCGCCCUUUCAUUGCAAAUCAUGUUGCUGCAGAUGGGGUUUCUGCUGUUCAAUUGCCUCGAGGAUCAAAUACCCCAGGUGAUGGAAAACCUGAACUAUCAGAUGCAGACAUGGCCAUAUUUUUUGGUGAUUUCAACUAUCGGCUCCAGGGUAUCACAUAUGAUGAAACAAUGGACUUAAUUUCUCGAAGUUGCUUUGACUGGCUUAGAGAAAGGGAUCAGCUCCAAGCAGAAAUGAGAGCAGGUAGAGUCUUUCAAGGGUUGCGUGAAGGAGAAAUCAAAUUCCCUCCAACAUACAAAUUUGAAAGACUCCAAGCAGGUCUAUCUGCAUAUGAUUCCAGUGAGAAGAAACGCAUUCCUGCCUGGUGUGACAGAAUACUAUAUCGUGACAGCCAUUCUGUUUCAGGGGCUCAAUGCUCACUAGAAAGUCCUGUGGUUUCUUCAAUCUCCCUAUAUGAUUCUUGCAUGGAUGUGACAGAUAGUGAUCACAAACCAGUCAGGUGCAUAUUCAAUGUUGAUAUUGCAUGUGUAGAUGAAUUGUCAAGGAGGCAAGAGUUUGGAGAUAUAAUUGCUUCAAAUGAGAGAGUCAAGUGUUUGCUUGAAGAAAUUCAGUAUGUUCCAGAAACUGUUUUUAACACUUACAACAUAAUCCUACAAAACCAAGACACCUCCAUGUUGAGAAUAACUAAUAAAUGCAAGAGGGACAAAGCUAUGUUUGGAAUUACAUGCGAAGGUCAUUCCAUUGUCAAGGAUGAUGGACAGAUAUCUAAGCUUCGCACAAGAGCUUCCUUUGGAUUUCCUAGCUGGCUGAAGAUUACUCCAACAGCUGGUAUAAUCAAGCCUGGUCAUAUGAUUGAUGUAUCUUUGCACCAUGAGGAUCUUGAUACCCUAGAGUAUGUUGACGGAAUCCCACGGAAUAGGUGGCAUGAAGAUACAGGAGGCAAGGUAGCAAUAUUGAUGGUAAACAUCAGAGGCAGUUGCUCAGUUAAGAGCAGAAGUUACCGUGCCCAAGUACGUCACAUCUCUUCCACUACCUCAUUCAAUGAAUCAAGAGGCACAUCAAAACAGAUUCAAUCAAACCCUCAAAGACCUGAUUUCGCCAAUUCCAGUGGGUCCUCGAAUGUAGUAGACUUGCUGCUGUAGAGAUAAAUAUACGAAAGCAAGGAUCUGAGACCCCUUCUCAAAGGACAUUCAAUUUCUUAUCCCUUUUUUCUUGUUUGUACAUAAACCCAUCAGAGUCAGAGCCCAAAUUUCUCAUCCUUUAAGGGGGAAAGGAAUUAAUAUAGAAAUCUUCCAAUCACUUCACCCAUGCUCUCCCUCUGUCUCUCUCUUUUUUUGUUUUUUAAUUCAUUGUGGCAAUAUAUUUCAAACAAUUUGUUUUGUUUACUUUGGUCAUAUAGCAGCAUGUCUGUAAGAGGGUCUUUGUGCUCCUGUAAUGCUAUGUUUUCUCUAUCCAUUUACAAUUGUUUGUUCAGAGGCAACUAUGUUAGACAUGUUUCCUUAAUAAAUGUACAAGUUAUUCUGUUGAUUUGUAA